AGUGCAGGUGUGGGGCCAGCAGGCAGUUGGGCCUCCCCAACCGCCCCAGACGCGGCGUUUGAACCCGGCAACUGCCAGAACGGCUGAUGGAGACCCAGCAGGUGUCUCAGGGGCUUGGACUGAGCGAGUGGUUCCCUUCCCACAUGUUUCCUCAAGAGGGAUCUUCCUCAAGAGCCCCUGAGGCGUGGCAGGAGGCAGAGGAACACAAAGAACAACCCAGGGCUGGCACAGACAGAGGAAACCGUAAAACGAGAGGAGACAGCCACGAAAAUCUGACUGGGACAAAAGCAGAAGCACAACUGGAGCCUGGUGCGGGGAUAUUCCCGAGCCCUCCACUUCACAUCCCUCCGUACAAACUCAGGGAAAUAGAAGCUGAGCUGGUCUGCGCCGACGAGGCAGACACCGAGUUGGGCGAGUUGGCGUUGCCUGGAGUGACCCCACCAGCACAUGGGGCUCCGGCCGAAUCCCCCGAGGGCAGCCCCUGGCACUGCGUGGACGCGCGGCUGCAGCUGCCCCUGCAGGAGGGCAGCGCUCGGUACAGGCAGGAGCAGUUCGCGGCAGCGGCAGCCAAAUUCUCCACGGCACUGGAGCUUUGCAGUAGAGGCUUUGCUACAGAGGAUCCCUUGAAGUCCUCUCCAGAUGAUAUUUCCAGAGUUGCCAGUUUUAUUGAGUCAAAACUUGUCAUCUGUUACUUAAAACUGGGGCAGCCUGACAUUGCCCUGAGUCACUCACACAGGAGCAUCAUUCAGAACCCCUCUUAUUUCCGCAAUCACCUCCGCCAAGCCGCCUGCUUUCGGUGCCUGCAGAGAUACUCAGAGGCUGCCAGAAGUGCCAUGAUUGCUGACUGUCUGUACAUCCUGGCAGGGGGCACGGCCCUGGAGACAAGUGACCUCAUCCAGCUCUACUGGCAGGCUCUGAUUCAAGAAGCCCUCAGUGGAGAAGUAUCUUUUUCCGUUCUCUACACACCUUUUGAGAAAGAGGACGAGGCUGACAAAAUAAAGGAGGCCAAUAAAAGCUUUGCUGAAAAGCACCCUGAUUAUGUGCAGCACAUAUUCACAGAUCCUCAUGGAAUUCACCUGUUGCCAGAGAGAGCUGAGUCUCUGCCUGACCAAGAGUACUUACUGACUUUGGGCUUCAGAAACAAAGAGAUUGGAAAAACUGUGGAAAAGUCUGUAAUUCGAAAACUGCCCAUCUGUCCAGGUCAGAAAACAGCUUUCAGUCCCAGCACAGAGGAAGAAACAGAAACAUUUUGGGAGAAUACUGGGAAAAAGAUCAUGGCAGUCAUAGAUUUUAUAGGAAGCACCAAAAUAAAGGACAAGCGCAGCCCGUGCGCCCGCGCCAUCGAGCACUUCCACCGCGCCAGCCUGCUGGGCCGCCUGCAGAGAGGGGAGGAGCAGGCCCAGGUGAUGGCCCAGGUGAUGGCUGAGCUGGCCACCAUUCCCUACCUGCAGAGAGUCUCUCAGGAGGAUGACAAGCUGCUGCAGUCACUGACAGCAGAUGCCAUGGACGCCCUCGCAGGGAGAACCAGAGAUCGUGUGUGGACUAAAAUACAGAAGCUCUGUGGGCACGACCGGGAGGCAGAGCCCCUCUCCCAGACUCCUCGUGCCCUCGGCACCCCGGGGCAGCAGAUGGAAUUGUCCAUAAACUCUCCUGCUUCCCUCUCUCACAAGCACACACUCCUCACCAGCACGAUCCGUGCCCAGAGCGUGCAGCACAGCCCCAAGGGCAGGGCUGAAAAGCACUUUAGGACAGCUCAAGACAUGGAUAAACACAAGAGGAAGCCACGCUUGGACUAA